AGCGCAUCGGCUGCACAGCUGCCGGACGCCGUGACGCACUGCAAGAGCGAAGGAGGAGAGGUGCAAAUUCAGGGGAAAGGAGCAGUCCUCAGAUCCGCAAUACUGCCCGAAAUCUAAACGUCACAGGACUGGGAGGCUGCUAUGAGUGACACUUUGGAGUUCAGUGAGAUCUACCAGGAGGUGAAGGGGUCAUGGAAUGACGGCCGUCUACGCUUCAGCAAGCAGGCUGUGGUUUAUAAAAGCAACAAAACAGGCAAGGUGGACAGCAUCUCGGUGCCAGAGCUGACCCAGGUCCAGUGGAGACGGGUGUGUCUGGGCCAUGGGAUAAAGCUGACCACCAGCACUGGGCAGGUCUACAAAUAUGAUGGAUUCCGGGACUCAGACUUUGAAAAGAUCUCAGAGUUCUUCAAGGCUAAUUACAAGGUGGAACUGACUGAGAAGGACAUGUGUGUGAAGGGCUGGAAUUGGGGAACCGCCAAAUUUUCUGGGCCACUCCUGUCCUUCGAUGUGAGCGACAGCCCAGCGUUUGAGAUCCCUCUCUCCAGCGUGUCCCAGUGCACCACUGGGAAGAAUGAGGUGACACUGGAGUUUCACCAGAACGACGACGCCGAGGUGUCACUCAUGGAGGUGCGCUUCUAUGUGCCCCCCAGCACUGGAGACGAGGGAACGGACCCGGUGGAGGCGUUUGCGCAGAAUGUGCUGUCGAAGGCAGAUGUGAUCCAGGCCACGGGAGACGCUGUGUGCAUCUUCAGAGAGCUGCAGUGCCUCACUCCCAGGGGCAGGUAUGACAUCCGCAUCUAUCCCACGUUCCUGCACCUGCACGGUAAGACCUUUGACUACAAGAUCCCCUACACCACCGUGCUGCGCCUCUUCCUGCUGCCGCACAAGGACCAGCGGCAGAUGUUCUUUGUGAUCAGCCUGGAUCCCCCCAUUAAACAGGGUCAGACACGCUACCACUUCCUCAUCCUUCUCUUCUCAAAGGAGGAGGACAUCACCCUGACCCUCAACAUGAGCGAGGAAGAGGUGGAGAAGCGCUUUGAGGGGAAACUGAAUAAGAACAUGUCUGGGUCUCUGUAUGAGAUGGUCAGCAGAGUGAUGAAGGCACUGGUCAACAGGAAGAUCACUGUCCCCGGAAACUUCCAGGGUCAUUCUGGUUCUCAGUGUAUCACCUGUUCCUAUAAGGCCAGCUCUGGCCUGCUGUAUCCCUUAGAGAGGGGCUUCAUCUAUGUGCAUAAACCCCCAGUUCACCUGCGCUUCGAGGAGAUCUCCUGCGUCAACUUUGCCCGUGGCACCACCACCACCCGCUCCUUCGACUUUGAGAUCGAGACCAAGCAGGGCUCGCAGUACACCUUCAGCAGCAUCGAGAGGGAAGAAUAUGGGAAGUUGUUUGAUUUUGUCACUGCCAAGAAGCUGAGCAUUAAGAACAGAGGGUUUAAAGAGAAAAAGGGCAUGAAGGGUAAUGACAGCAUGUACAGUGACUCUGACGAGGACCAGCAUGACGCAUACCUGGAGCGCAUGAAGGAGGAGGGCAAGAUCCGUGAGGAAGCCAACGACAGCGACGAUUCAGAAGGGGAGAGUGAUGAGUCGUUCAAUCCCGGAGAGGAGGAUGAUGACAUUGCAGAGGAGUAUGACAGCAAGGCCUCUGCAAGUGACAGCAGUGGGGAGGAGAAGGACAGUGAGGAUGAAAGGAAGAAGCGGCCAGCCAAAAAAGCCAAAGUGAUAAAAGAGAAGAAAGAAAAGAAGACACGCAAGAAGGAGAAGAAGGUAAAAGACGCUGGCGCCCCCAAGAGGCCAAUGAGUGCCUACAUGCUGUGGCUGAACUCUAGUCGGGAGCGCAUCAAGGCCGAGCACCCCGGCAUCUCGGUCACUGAGAUCUCCAAGAAGGCAGGAGAGAUGUGGAAACAGCUGGGCAAGGACAAGAAAGAGGUGAGGCUGCUCCUCUAUGCCAGGUUUUUCAUCUGCGUCUCCCUGCUGUCUCUGUCUGUUCUUCCUUCAUUGGGAAGACUGUAUCACCCCCUCUGCCCCCUCCCCACUUUCUCUCAGGAAUGGGAACGAAAGGCGGAGGAGGUGAAGAGAGACUAUGAGAAAGCCAUGGAAGAGUACAGAGAGAGAGGGGGCAGCACCUCCACUACACCCAAAAAGGAGAGAAAAAAGAAGGGAGGGAAGAAUGAAGACAAGAAGAAGAGGAAAGUGGCAGGAGGUCGUGGAGGAGAGAGAGAAAAGGAGAAGGAGAGGGGAGGAGGAAACGACAGUUUCAAGAGCCGGGAGUUUAUCUCUAGCGAGGAAAGCUCAUCUGAAACAGACAGGAGCAAAAGCCGCAAACGCAAGGACUCAGAUGAAGAAGAGGAGGUGGUCAGCACUCCACCCAGCUCUGAGGAGUCGGGAUCUGACUGAGGAGGGGUCUGUCUGAAGGGGGAGCCUCACUAAACUUUAGUCACCAUCCACUGACUCAGACCAGAUCAGGGCACACUGUGUCUGGUUUACAUCUCAUAUAAAUACUACUCCCAUCAAGCAAGAGACGAAGAGGCCCUGCUGUGCUAUGAACAGUAACAAUCCCAUGGCACAUAUAGAGAAAGUGGCAGUGUCAUCAGUGUUUCUGACAGCAAAGCCUGUUGUCACAUUUUUUUUUCCAUUUCCCAAAGUAAUAACUUUUCAUAUCUGUGAAUAACUGUUUUCAGUCUAGCUGUUGUACAGAUUACAGCUCCCAGAACAGCUGCUUAGUUGCUUAAUGCCCGUUUGGCCUGUGACACUGUAGGAGUUGUAAUGCUUCUAACUCGGCAUGUAAUGCUUAUAAUUUCAGCAUCAUGCAUAAUGUUUCUUUUUGCUUCUGAGGAUGUGCG